AUGGGUCGAUUUGGAAGGCCACAGGGUGGCGCCACCGAACGUGCUGCCACCGCCGACACUUUGAGCAAGGGACAGCUCUACUUCAGCUUUGCCCUCGUCUCAUCCCUCUUCUUCGUUUGGGGCCUCUCCUACGGUCUUCUCGAUUCGCUCAACAAGACUUUCCAGGACUCUCUUCACUUGGACAAGGCCCAGUCUACCGGUCUGCAGGCAUGUUACUUUGGCGCAUAUCUCGUCAACGGUCCCAUCAGUGGACCGUUAGCCCGUCGCUGGGGGUACAGAUUCGCCAUCCAUGGAGGUCUCUCUCUCUUUUCCAUUGGUGCCAUCCUCUUUUGGCCGUGCGCUGUCUACUACUCGUACCCUGGUUUCUUGGUUUGCACCUUCGUCACAGCAUCCGGUCUGGCUUGGCUCGAGAUGGCUGCCAACUCGUACAUCACCGUUCUUGGAUCUCCCGAUUUGGCUGCGUUCCGUCUGGUGUUCGCACAGUCGUGGAACGGUGUCGCGUCGGUCCUCGGCCCCAUCAUCGCCGGUCGUACCUUCCUCAAGACAGGUCACUCGCACACCCUCAACCACUUGCAGUGGGUCUACCUCGGCAUCUCUGCAUUUGGAUGCAUGAUCAACUUGCUUUUCUGGAUCGCUAAGCUUCCCGAGGUCAAGCAGCAGGUCGACUCGUCGAUCGAAGAAAAACCCGUCUCCAUUUGGACUCAGAAGCACCUUCUUUGGGGUGCAUUUGCUGAGUUCAUGUAUGUUGGAUCGCAGGUCGCCGUUGCUUCGCUCACCAUCAACUUUUACGUCGAGCAACCUGGUCUCAACAUCUCGGUUACCCGCGCUGCCGAUCUCUUCUCGGUGACACUGGCCGUGUUCACGAUUGGACGAUUCAUCGGUGUUCCCAUCCUCACGCGUGUCGACUCGGCCCUCAUCCUUUUCCUCUGCGGUCUAGGCUGCAUCCUGUUUUCCAUCCUCACUGCCGUGGUUCCCGGCGCUGGUGGUAUCGCGUGCUUGAUGCUCAUCUUCUUCUUCGAAUCCGUCUGCUACCCCAUCAUCUUCACGCUGGCCACUGGCAAUCUGGGUACUAACCAGAAGCUGGGUUCAGCGCUCGUAGCUGCCGGUGUCUCUGGUGGUGCCUGGAUGCCCUCCGUUCAGGCUACGGUUGCUGACCACACCACCACGCGUCGAUCGUUCUUCGUGCCCAUCUCUGGUUUCGCCGUCGUAUCCGCCUACGGUCUCUACAUGCACAUGCGCGGUUGCAAGCAGCAGGGAUACUGGAGCUGGAGGAAGCUCGACAAGGAGACCACCAUGGGCCUCACCGCUACUCAGCACUCUGACAUUGAACACGUCGAGCAGACUGACUCCGACAAGGAUGUCAAGAUCGGUCAGUCUAGCCCCACCUACCCUUCGGUGCCUUACCAGCACUAG